ACACAAUGAUAGUUUCUAGAUUACUUUCUGUUACGGAUCAAUGAUAAGUUUGGAUUGUUUCUCUCUGAGCAGGGCUAGGGGAUGGAGGACACAUUGAAAACAUAGUUGAAAUCUUCAUCAUGGCAAGAUUGAAUCAAGUUUGUUCGUUCAUAAUUGUUUUAUUGGUUAAUAAAGUUUCUAUUAAAGUAAUUCAAGGAGGCGAAUUGGGCCAUUUGUCUCUGAUUACACCAGCAUUUGUCGGCAGAGACGUUAUACUGCAGUUAAAACUCAAUGAUGAAGAAUCAAAUAUAGACAUUAAAGACUUGAACUUAUGCGUUCAGUUAGAAAAUGAGACUAUUGCUUGUAAAUCCAAAGAGGAUUAUCGUAUUCUUUUUGCAAGACAAUUGUGUGCGAUCAUUGUGGAACUACCUACGGCAAAACCGAUAUGGAAACCGGUGAAAGUGAGUUUGAAGGCAUAUACUAAAGAGACAAACAUGGUUGCUCUGGAUUUGCAAGAAUUCCAGAGUGGAUGCGGUUAUUUGUACAUAUCGUCUAUAUCCACUAACGCUGCCGAAAUUACAUACUAUCCUACUCAAGAUGUGCUGGAUAACCCCGGUGUCUUUUACCGUGGUUGGAGAAAUGCAGAAGGCGAACUGAUGCAGCUCCAAGACAACGUAUAUGAAGAAAGGAAAGAGUCCCUGAAUACAAAAUAUAUUCUUACUUUGUAUAACUACACUGCGUCAGAUGCCUACUUCCUGGAGUGUUUUCAAAACAUAACGACAGCUAGAACAAAUAUGGUAUACAUGUCUGAAGCUCGCUUGCAACUUGGUCCUGUGUGUACGGUGGAUGGUUGCAAAGACUGCGUGUGUGUGUAUCCUGGUCAUCAAAUAACCUGCGCAGCGACUGUCCCAGAUGUGCGAAUCAAGAUUGACAAAAAUGACGUCAGCUUGUAUGAAAUCGGGUCAAAUGGAAGUAUACAUACAUUUGAAACAGAAAAUAUUACGAUUUCUUCAUACUACCACAUGAAAACAGUUGAAUGUUGGACUAACACAAGCAAUAUACAUGGCGGUAUGUCGACGAGAACACAUAUUUUUGUAAUAGGCAACAUUACGCUCGGUCCGCUUUGCGACGUGGAUGGAUGUACAGGCUGCGUUUGCGUAUAUCCUGGGGACACAAUUAUCUGCACAGCAUUUACCCCCAAUGUCAAACUAAGCAUUACAGAUGUUGAUGUUUAUAUAUAUACGAGACAAAAUGCAUCACAUGACAAUAUGUACACAUACGAAUCCGACAAUGUUUCGAUUGAUUCAUCAUUCCAUUUGAAGACCGUAAAAUGUUGGGUUGAAAUGAAGGGUGAAUAUGAUGUCGUAGAAACCAGCGCAAAACUAUAUGUGAUCUCUCGUCCCAAGUUGGGCCCACUAUGUAGCGUAGGUAACUGCACAGACUGUUUGUGUAUCUACCCGAGUGACUCUAUUACCUGCGCAGCCUCCACUACAAAUGUAAAUGUAAGGAUUGACGGUUCUGACGUCACCCUUUUGCCGAUGACGUCUAACGGAACCACAUAUUCGUUCGAAUCUGUGAAUUUCACAAUAGGAUGGUUGCAUCACAUGACUUUAGUUGAGUGCUGGUCCAAUUUGAAUGGUACCCUCGGAGAGAUAUAUUCUCGUACAAAGAUGUUUGUACUUGCACGUCCCAAACUCGGUCCGACGUGCACAGUGGACGGCUACAAGGAUUCCGUCUGCGUGUUCCUUGAUGAGGCGAUUAUCUGUACCUCGAAUGUCCCAAACUUGCAUAUCACGAUCAAUAACGUUACAUCAAGCGUUUACCUGUCGGCAUCCAACGGAACGUUCUACACGUACUCGACGAACAAAACUGAGCCCGAUUCGUCGCCUACUACGAAGAUAGCUGAAUGCUGGGCUGAACAGACUGCAGGGAAUGAUAUGCUGUACACAAGUGCCAAUCUGUUUUUAAUCGCGCGUCCCAGACUUGGCCCACUGUGCAGCGCGGAUGUCUGCCCUGGAUGUGUGUGCGUCUUUCAAAAUAUCCCCAUCACAUGUACCUCAGCUUAUCCAGACGUACGUGUACGCAUUGACAAUGUUGACGUCGUUAUUAACAAAAAGUCGAGCACGUCAGAUGGGGACGACUUUAUAUACGAGACUUAUGAUGUUGCAUUUGACUUGUCCAGCCACUCGAAAAUUGUGGAAUGUACAAUUAAAACCAAUUAUACAAACGAUGUAUCUACACGUGGCGAAUUGUACAUUAUUGAGCGCCCUGUCCUUGGUCCAGUGUGCCGAGGGGACGGGUGCACUGACUGUGUGUGUGUCUACCCCGGAGAACAAAUUACAUGCACAUCAAAUAUCCCAGAUGUUCGAAUCAAGAUGAAUGGCAUUAACUUACGACUCCAAGAAAUUAGGUCCAACGGAACUAUCUUUACCUAUGAAACGAGUAAUAUUACUUAUAGCUCCUCACACCACAUGGAAACUGUAACAUGUUUUGUUACGUUGAAUAACACUCAAUACGAGAU